AUGGCUUCUUCAUUUUCGCACAAAGCCGUGCCUGCUCUCGAUGUAUUUAAGCCAGACUUAUUUCACGGCAAGGUCGUGCUCGUGACCGGUGGGGGGUCAGGCAUCUGCUAUCACAUUACAGAAACGCUCAUGCGUCUGGGGUGCAAAGCGGCCAUUGUGGGGCGGAAAGCGGAUCGUUUGCGUGAAGCGGCUGAACAGCUUGCGCGUGACACAGGUUCUGAAGCCAUAGCGACGCCAGGUGAUGUGCGAAAGUUCGAAGCAAUGGAGCAAGUCGUCAAGCAGACGAUUGACAAGUUUGGCAAGAUCGAUUUCGUCAUCUGCGGCGCAGCAGGCAACUUUAUGGCUCCCCUCGAAGGCCUGUCAUCCAAUGCGUUCCGCACAGUGCUGGAAAUUGAUUUGGUAGGCACGUACAAUACUGUGCGUGCAACGAUGGCUGAAGUGAAGCGCACGCACGGCACAUAUUUACAUAUUUCGGCCACGCUGCACUACUCAGGCCUGCCAUGGCAAGCCGCCCCGUCGGCGGCGAAGGCAGGUGUUGACGCCUUGUCAAAUGUCAUUUGCGUUGAGCUUGGUCCAUUUGGCGUGCGGAGUAACUGUAUUGCACCGGGUUUCAUUGCUGGUACAGAAGGCGCGAGUCGGCUUGUACCUAAAGGUUCAGAUGACAUGGUGAAAGCGUUUAUACCGGCUCAGCGCAUUGGCGAACGGACAGAUAUCGCGAAUGCAGCCGUCUUCCUCUUUAGCGAAGCGGCAAAUUGGAUUACUGGGCAGGUUAUUGCUGUCGAUGGCGGUCAAAUGCACUUCCGGAGUGCUUGGCUUCCAUACCCACAGAGCUCUCUUGACCCACGCUCGUUCAAAAACCUGUUUCCUGAUUUACGCCUUUAG